AUGAACAACAUGAACAGCAUGAACAGCAUGAAUAGCAUGAACAGUAUGAACAGUAUGAACAGCUUGAAUAACAUGAACAAUAUGAACAAUAUGAACAACAUGCAAACCAUGAGCAACAGCACACAGGCGUUUAGCGCCGACAAAAAUGAAGCCACUUAUGGAGACACAAGGAUAGCCGAGCAGCAACAACAACAACAGCAGCAGUGCAACUACCAAAUGAAUAACCCAUACAACCCGGCACCAUCCAUCCCCACAAAACUGUUUGUCAGUUCUGUUCCAAAAAGUUUAACAGAAAAUGAUAUAAAAACGAUAUUUGAAGAAUACGGAAGUAUCAAAGAUGUGGUUUUCAUAAAAGACAAAAAACCAAACGUAAAUCGAGCAAAUGUAUUCGUCCGAAUGGAGUCCAUAUAUUAUGCACAAAAGGCUAUCAACGAUUUACACGGAAAAAAAGUACUGUGUGAAACAUUAGGACCAUUGAUAGUCAAAUUUGCCAUAGGGGAGUGGGAGAAAUAUGGAGUGAAUAUGCAUAACGCGAAUGAAAAUGAAGCAAAAUUAUUUGUUGGUUCUCUUCCAAAGGAAAUAACCGAAGAGCAAAUAAGGAAUCUAUUCAAUAGAUAUGGAAACGUAACAGAAGUUUACAUCAUGAAAAACAGCAACGGGGUUAGUAAAAGGUGUGCUUUUGUUAAUUACGCCUACAAAGAACAAGGAAUAUUUGCAAUACAAAAUUUGAAUGGAAAAAUAGCUAUCGAAAAUGCAGAAAAGCCAAUUGAAGUUCGAUUUGCAGAAACGAAAAAUCAGCUACAGGAGAAGCAGCUACUAAACAGGGCCCUACUCAACCCGCUGAACAACAACAACAACAACAACAACAACAACGGCAAUAACAACAGUACCAACAACGGCAACAAUAAUAAUCAGAGCAAUAACAAUAAUAACAACGCCUUUUUGCAGUCUCAACAAUUUAAAAAUAUGCAUGUCAAUUCUUUUAAUAGAUACCCUGUACAUAUGAAUUAUAAUUUACAAAACAAUACCACUCACCAGAGAAACGCAAAUAACGAUGCACAUUCCCCGUGGAAACAAUAUUUUUCCAAAGAAGAUGGACGACCAUACUAUCACAACGAGAUAACGGGACAGACACAAUGGCAUAAACCCAGAAAACUUGAUCAAGAUUUUAUUAAUCCAUUAAAUAUGAAUGAAAUGUCUGGUCCUGUGGGAGCAAAUAUUUUCAUUUUCCACAUCCCAAAUGAGUGGAUACAAAAUGAUUUAUUAGCUGCCUUUUCUCCCUUUGGAAAUAUCAUUUCUGCACACAUUGCCACUGAAAAGGACACUGGUAGAAACAGAGGCUUCGCUUUCGUUUCGUAUGACAAUGUAGAUAGCGCAAUAAAUGCUGUUAAAUACAUGAACGGAUUUUUAGCACAUAAGAAGAAGCUCAAGGUCACCAUAAAGAAGGGCGAGGAGCAGUACGUGCAGGCACUUCUCAACCAGAGAAGCAAGCUGAACACUCCUGACAAUAGGAGAAAUUUCAUGAACGCCACGCCGCAUGCGUGA